GGAGAGAGUUUUCACAAGUGAACUUUUUUUAAGCAUAGAAAAAUACUUUAGCCAUUUGUCCAGGAUUUCUUAUGUAUCACAUCCCAGCCAAACAAUAGUUCAAAAUGUGUAUAUUUGUGUGCUUGUGCUGUAUCCAAGGAAUACAUUAUACCUGCUGAAUAUGCUUCCAUAGAGUUGAUCUGUAUACAAACCAAUAGAUUUGAACAGAUCUAAAAUAUUCCCUGUGGUCUGCACGAGUGCUUCAAGUCCAAAGCAGGACUGACUCGUGCACAGGAUUAAUUCAAUGCAGCUGGGAUGUAUUUGAUUAUAUGCAAGCAUUUGUGUGGUCCAUAUGCAGCAGGUCCAACAGGUCCCACAUGUAUCACAUAUGCUUUGAAUCAUUAGGACAGGGGCGAGAUAGAGCCAGUGUACUGCCAGAACACAGAGUUAGAAUCACAUCAGGGUACUGGUUUAUUGCUUAUCAUAAGCUGGGAGAGGACAGCUUAUGCUUCUGAGAAAAUUUCUACACAUUUACAAUGCCUGGUGCAGGGUCUCUUGCAGUCAGUCAGUGCCCACUGAACUCUCCCUGCCAUGCUGAGGUAUUAUAGAUAUGGACCCUAGAGCUCAAGCCUGGUCCUGUGCUUAGGGAUUCUGUUCUUGUACUGACAUCACCUCUAACCUGACCAACACUGCUGCAGACUCAGCUUGUUGCCACCACUGUUGCCAGUCCAAACCAGCCAGUCUGUCCCACAAAUUGCUACGUGCUGGGCUCAAAAAUUACAGAGGACACAACACUUUAGCUUUUGCUUCUGGCUUGGAAUAGAGCUAGAUAAGAGACUAGGACAGAGGUUUCUACUAGAUUGUUCUUGAACCUGCAAAGCUUCCCAAACCAUAACCUACAGUGAAUCAUACAGGAUUAUUCAAUUUCUCUUGGUUACUUGAAUUCUUUUCUUGGACAAUCACAUUCAAUACACAGAGAACAGAAAAUUGCAUCCAAAGCAACAAUGAUGGGUAAGGAACAUAAUAGUGGAUAUAAAUGAUAGUUGCCUAAGAGAGAUUUUUCCUUCCCACAGAAUCACAAAGUUUCAUUAUUCUCAUUCAUCUCUCCUUUGGAGGCAUAUUUAUUGUUAAGAACAAAUUAAGAACUAUUGAAGACAUUAGCAGGUACUGAAAAACAGUUCUGUUGCUUAUUAGCCCAAAUUUCCAGCAAGGUAAGAAGGUAGAAGUCCUAGAAACCAUUUUGUUGGUGAGAUAUCAGUUCACACUCAGGCAAUUGGCCUGUUUUGCAGGAUUUCAUCUGGUGGCAUAAGAACCUCGAAAUAAAUCUCUUAGCUACGAUUAGAGAUGAAGGAGAGAUUAGCACAGGCAGGAGAGUAGAAGUGGUUUUCUCCAUCUCCAUUGGUGAGUCCGUGUGAAGACAGAGCAACUACACAGACAUCAGGAAAUCAGUACUUCAGUCAUCCUCAGGAUGUCCAGUUCAGGUAUUUUCUCCCUUGUAUUCAGCAAGUUACCAGUUUCAAGAUCGUGUUCAGUCCUCUGAACCAGCUUUCUGCUGCACGCCUUGGAUCCAUGCUCCUAAUCAGCUUACGAGCUUCCCUUGACCCACGCUGCUUUUCCUAAUGCGCGUCUGACUAUGGCUGUCCUCAAAGUCAAAUUCACCAAAACCAAGAGGGACAAGUUGGCUCAGAUCUUAUGGAUCCUCAACUGGGUUUCUGUAGUGAGUGGGAUCAUUCUCUUCAGCCUUGGCCUCUUUCUGAAAAUAGAGAUCAAGAAGCGUAGUGAAGUGAUGGCAAAAGGGGACAUUAACUCUGUCCCCAACAUGCUGAUCUCUGUAGGGGUCAUAGCAUGUAUCAUCAACUUCCUGGGUGGCAAAAUCUGCUAUGAUUGCUCAGAUGCAAACAAGUUCUCUCGGUGGAAGCUAGUAAUGCUGCCAUACAUCGUAUGCACCUUCUGUUUUACCUUCUGCAUCCUGGUGGGUGCUCUCAUGUGCUACACCAUGAGGAACGAGCUGGAAGAGUCUCUCUAUCUGGGACUGAGGGAUGCCAUUAAGUUCUAUAAAGACACAGACAUACCUGGGCGAUGUUUCUUAAAGAAAACAGUGGAUUUGCUACAAAUUGGAUUCCGUUGCUGUGGAAACAAUGGCUUUAGAGACUGGUUUGAAAUUCAGUGGGUAUCUCCUCGUUAUCUGAAUAUGGCUUCCAAGGACGUUCUGGACCGUCUGAAGAGCAACGUUGAUGGCAAGUUCUUGGUGGAUGGAGUCCCCUUCAGCUGCUGCAACCCCAGCUCCCCACGGCCCUGCAUCCAGUACCAGCUGACAAACAACAGUGCUCACUACAACUACGAUUUCCUGACAGAGGAGCUCAAUAUCUGGAUGAAGGGCUGCAGAGAGGCCCUGCUGGAUUACUACACCGGUAUCAUGAGAUCCAUUGGUGUUGCAGCAUUGCUCAUUUGGUUGUUCGAGCUCUCUGUACUGAUUGGUGUCCGGUACCUACAGACAGCCAUGAAGAAUGUCCUUCUGCUAGGAGAUCUGGAGGGUGAAUCAGAUGGUUGGCUACUAGAAAACAGUUUUGUGGAAACUGCCAAAUACAACAUCAGCAUCAUUAAGAACCUUGGCAAAGCCAACCAGAUCUCCACUGUGUCAGGCAUGAAUGACCCCAACAUUAAUGUUCAAAACACAGACUGUGACAAAACUAAUAUUACAACAAAAUCCAUCCCUGCAGCUAGGUAGGCAAAUCUUCCAAAAAAUGACAUCACAAGUGUAGCUUGGCUCUAUUACAGUCCUACAGUCACCAGAUUUUAUCUGGCAGGGGAAAAAAAAAGGUAGAAAAAACUAGUAAAACAAUUGAACAAACCACAGACUGGUGAUACCUCCAAAAAUAAUGAUACUUCUUUGGAUGGAUGUGUUUUUACUCGUGAAAUCCCUGAUUCUCAACACUACAUGAAAUUUCUGGAAUUUCCCCCACUUUCUCUCCUUUACUAACAGACUUCUAUCAUGGUCUGAAUGCAUCAGAAUACUCAAUAUGCACAAGCAAAUAUUUCAGACAGGAUGGAUCUAC